AUGGCAUAUCUGGCACCCAUCCACAGACCGUCUAGUGUACGGCAUGCAAUACGGACCUCAUUUCUCAGUCCGGAAUCAGAAGAUCUGGUGGUAGCAAAAGCCAAUCGUCUUGAAGUAUGGUCACCAAACCCUCAGCAGCCUGACCAGCUCUCAUUACAGCACUCAAAGACCAUAUAUGGCAAAGUCACAUUACUGCAGAAGCUUCGACCUGCGACGAGUCAGACAGACCAUCUCUUCGUUGGGACAGAUCGAUAUCACUACUUCACGCUCUCGUGGGACGCUGGGCGGAAGGAGCUCAAGACGGAGAAGAGCUAUGUUGAUGUUGCUGAGAAGGCUGCACGAGACAGCCAGACGGGUGACAGAGUGCAUAUCGAUCCGUCGAAUCGAUUCAUGACGCUGGAGUGCUACGAAGGGGUUGUCAAUAUACUGCCGAUUGCACAUGCUGGCAAGGGCAAGAGGAGAGCAGCUGACAAUGAGAUCGGAGAACUGCAAGAUCCAGUGCCGGUACGGAUACCGGAGCUUUUCGUGAGAAGUACAGCAUUUGUACACAAACGGCAGGGUGGCGCACGAUUAGCAAAUCCAGAAUUCGCGAUAUUAUGGGAAGACAGCACGAACAAGGUGCGGUUGAAGGUCCGCGAGCUGGAGUUCACACCAUCGUUACGCCCACAAGAGGAACCGCCAACAGCCGAGCUAGAGAAAGGCCGAAAUGCACAAGGUGACAUUGAGCUGGGAGCAAGCCAUCUUAUACCUCUGCCAGCGCCGUUAUAUGGUGUGAUGAUUGUUGGCGAGACGAGCAUAGCAUACGCGGAUGAGUGGGAAUUUCGGAUCACCAACACACAACAGCUGGAAGAAGCUACGGUCUUUGUCGCGUGGUGCGCAGUUGACGAUCAAAGAUAUGUCCUAGCUGAUGACUACGGGAAGCUGUAUCUGCUUUUCAUCCAGCAAAACGACGAUGGAGAAUAUGCUGGCCAUCAGAUCGAUGUACUCGGGCAGACCUCAAGAGCGAACACUCUCGUCUACCUUGAUGCUGGCCGAAUAUUCGUUGGCAGCCAUCAAGGCGACAGCCAGAUCAUUCAGAUCUCGGAGAAGAGCCUUGAGAUUGUACAGACGUUCUCGAACAUUGCGCCGAUCCUGGACUUCACUAUCAUGGACAUGGGCAACAGAAGUGCGGAAGCAGCAGUGAAUGAAUUCUCGUCUGGCCAGGCUAGGAUUGUGACUGGCUCAGGCGCAUAUACCGAUGGGUCACUGAGAUCUGUACGGUCUGGCGUUGGUCUGGAGGAUGUAGGCUCGAUUGGCGAAAUGGGUGCGCCGGUGUCGCAAGUCUUCAGUCUGCGAAGUCAAGCUGGCGUUCAGACUGUAGAUACCUUGAUCGUGAGCUUUGUCGCGCAUACUCGAGUGUUUCGCUUCUCGAGUGAUGGCGAAGUAGAGGAGGUAGACAGUUUCGGUGGCUUCGAUCUCGGUGAGGCUACGUUGUACGCUGGCAACCUCGCAGACGGUCGAUGUGUGCAGGUCACUAGCGCGGCAGUACAGGUCUCGGAGGAAAGCAAUGGCAUGGUGAACGACAGGUGGACACCUCCUGGCGGCAGCGCAAUAACUGCAGUGGCGGCUGAGCGGAACACGCUUGUACUUUCGCUUGCUGGUGCUGCACUCGUGGCGCUUGAUCUUAGUGCCAGCAGCAUCAGAGUGCAGGCACAAAGGUCCUUCGAGGCCGCGCAGCAGAUUUCUUGCAUAGCUGUCUCGCGUACGGUGCCGAACACCUGUGUGGCGGGCUUUUGGCUGGAUAGCAAAGUCGCCUUCCUAUCAUUGACCGACCUGAAACCGAUCGCUCAGACGCAGGUAGUGGACGAAGCAGAAGGUCCAGCAGUACCUCGAUCACUGGCGAUAGCCAACAUACUUCGCGAUCAACCACCAACUUUGUUCAUCGGCUUAGCAGAUGGCAAUGUCGUCACAUACACCGUAGAAUCAGCACAACAACCUUUCACAGCCCGGAAAAGCAUCGUUCUUGGUACACAGCAAGCCAACUUCGCGCUCUUACCGCGAGGCGAUGGCUUGCUGAACGUCUUCACUACAUGCGAGCACCCUUCACUGAUCUACGGCCAAGAAGGCAGGAUGGUGUACAGUGCGGUCACGGCGGAGUCGGCACAAGCAAUCUGCUCUUUCGAUAGCGAGACUUAUCCUGGAGCCAUUGCGAUCGCGACCGAGGAUGAGCUAAAGCUGGCCAUGGUCGACGAGGAGCGAACAACGCAUGUCCAGACGCUACAUAUUGGCCAGACUGUACGACGGAUAGCAUACAGUCCCAACCUGAAAUCUUUUGGUCUGGGCACUAUCAAGCGGACUCUGGCGGCUGGCGCGGAAGAAGUGAGCAGCCAUUUCAAGCUUGUUGAUGAAGUAGCAUUUCAAGAGUUGCACAGUCAUGCUCUGAACGAGGAUGAGCUGGUGGAGUGCGUUAUGCGAUGCCAACUAGACGAUGGCUCGGGCACGGGUGAAACGGCAGAAAGAUUCGUGGUGGGCACAGCUUACCUAGAUGACGGCGAAGGCAAGGAGAAGACGAGGGGUCGAUUACUGGUCUUCGAGGUCACGGAGGAGCGACGCCUCAAGAUGAUUACGGAGCUAAGUUUGCGAGGAGCAUGUCGAUGCGUUGCUAUGUGCGAAGGACGCAUUGUGGCGGCUCUUGUCAAGACGGUCGUCAUCUACUCUUUCGAGUAUCAGACACCAAGCUCACCUUUCCUGGUCAAGAAAGCCGCCUACCGCACAGCAACAGCUCCGAUCGAUGUCUGCGUCACCGGCUCCGUGAUAGCAGUCACAGAUCUGAUGAAGUCCGUCUCCCUAGUCGAUUACAAAUCUGGUCGCAACGGAGUAGCCGAUACCUUGAGCGAAGCAGCGCGCCACUACGAGACUGUUUGGGGCACAGCAGUAGCUAAUGUGGCGGAAAACACAUAUCUCGAAUCCGAUGCGGAAGGCAAUCUCGUAGUGCUCCAACACGACAUCAAUGGCUUCAGCGACGAAGACCGCCGACGAUUACGACCCGUGAGCGAGAUGCUUCUGGGCGAAAUGGUGAACCGCAUUCGACCUAUAUCAGUGCAACCCACAUCCGCUGCUCUAGUCAUCCCACGAGCUUUCCUCGCGACGGUAGAGGGCAGUAUAUACCUGUUCUGCCUCAUCGCGCCUGGAAAGCAAGAUGUGCUCAUGCGUUUACAGUCGCUGCUCGCGGAGAGGGUGAAGAGUCCUGGUCAUGUUCCCUUCGGGAAGUGGAGAGGCUUCCGAAAUCAGGUUCGGGAUAUGGGCGAGGAAGGCCCAGUGAGAUUCGUCGACGGAGAGCUAGUCGAAGGCUUCCUUGAUGCGCCUGUUGAGGUGCAGGUCGAGGUCUCUGCUGAAUUGGGUGUGGAGGUGGAAGUUGUGAGAGGAUGGGUUGAAGGGUUGAGGAGGAUACAUUGA